UGUCAUGUGAUUACGUCAAACCAAUCAGUGACCGUCAUUUAAAAGUGUGGGGUUUACCCGGUGUCCUCACUUCAAGCAUCCUGCCAUCAUGGCUGAGAUACUGCAUGUUCUCUAUGAACAUGCCUGCGGCUACACCUUGUUUCAUGUUGCAGAGUUUGAAGAAAUGUCGAUGCUACUGCCACAAGUGGAAGCUGCUGUGCAUAAUUUGGGCAAGUUUAACGCCAUUGUCAAGUUUGUGGCUUUUUCUCCUUUCAAAAGUGGCACCAAUGCCCUAGACAACAUAAAUAGUAUAUCAGAAGGUAUUCUUCAUGAGAAUCUUCGGGUUUUCAUCGAAACCAAUGUUCCAAUGUCCAAGAAAAAGGUUACAUCACUUCUUGGGGUCGGCGAUUCCAAGUUAGGGGCUGCCAUUUCUGAAGAUAACAGUUUGAAUAUUUCUUGUGUCCACACUGGAGCCAUUCCAGAAAUAAUCAGAGGUAUCCGAGUCCACUUCCACAAUAUAGUGAAAGGGAUGACAUCUGUGACCCAGAACAAGGCCCAGUUGGGACUUGGCCACGCCUAUUCUCGUGCCAAGGUGAAGUUUAACAUCAACCGAGUUGAUAACAUGAUUAUUCAGAGUAUUGCUCUGUUAGAUCAACUGGACAAGGACAUCAAUGCAUUCAGUAUGAGGAUCAGAGAGUGGUAUUCCUACCAUUUUCCAGAACUUUACAAAAUUGUCCCAGAACAAGCACUGUACGCAAAACUAGUGAAAGUCAUCAAGUCACGGAAAACGAUUACAGAAGAAACUAUAGAUGUGAUGGAAGAGAUUCUUAGCGACAGAAGUAAAGCUCAGGCUGUUUAUAAAGCAUCAAAGUCUUCAAUGGGUAUGGAUAUAUCACUGAUAGACUUACUAAAUAUUGAGAUGUUUGCUAGACGUGUGGUCGACCUCAUUGACUAUCGAGCUAAUCUUGUGGAUUAUCUGCAAAAGAAAAUGUCUCAAGUUGCACCAAAUCUCACAGCAUUAAUCGGAGAAACGGUUGGUGCUCGACUUAUUUCUCAUGCUGGAAGUUUGACAAAUCUUGCCAAAUGUCCGGCUUCAACUUUACAGAUUCUUGGAGCUGAGAAGGCACUCUUCAGAGCCUUGAAGAUGCGAGGGAACACACCGAAAUAUGGUCUAAUAUUUCACUCCACAUUCAUUGGGCGAGCUGGCGCCCAAAACAAGGGCAGGAUAUCUCGGUUUUUGGCCAACAAAUGUUCUCUGGCCACCAGGGUUGAUUGUUUUGCAGAUUUCCCAAAUUCUGUGAUUGGUGUACAUCUCCGGCAGCAAGUAGAAGACAGGCUUUUGUAUUAUGAAACAGGUUCCACGCCAAGGAAGAACAUUGAUAUCAUGAGACUGGCCCUGGCUGAGGUUGCCAAUCUUUAUAUCAAGCACCAGAAGAAGGAAAGGAAAAAGAAGAAAAAGUCUCUGUCGAUUGUAGAACUGCCGGACAAUGCUAUGGUCAAUGGUGACACUGUGGUGGGCGUUCCUGAUGAUGAGGGCGGCAGCGGUGAUAAGUUGAUUUCUUCAAAGAAAAAGAGGAAGUUGGCAGAUGAUGAAGAGGAGGCUGAUGUGACAGAGAAGAGCAAGAAGAAGAAGAAAAAGAAGCAUGAUGAAAGUGUGGUGGAGGAGAUGGAAACGGUUAAUGGUGGCGGUGAUGAUGUGGAGACUCCAUCUUUGUCAAAGAAAAAGAAGAAAAAGAAAAAGAAAUCUGGUGAUGAGGAGGAGGAGGAAGAAGAGGUAGUAAUUGUAAAUACAGAAAGUCCAUCAAAGAAGAAGAAAAAGAAAAAGAAAGAGGAGGAGGAGGUAGCAGAGGUUGUAAAUAUAGAAGUUCCAUCUUUGUCGAAGAAGAAGAAAAAGAAGGUUGAAGAGGAAGAGGAAGCAGAGGUUGUAAAUAUAGAAACUCCUUUGUUGAAAAAGAAGAAGAAGAAAUCUGGUGAUGACGAUGAAGAAGAUGAAGCAGAGGUGGAAGUUGUAAAUACGCAGACUCCAUCAAAGAAGAAGAAGAAAAAGAAGUUGGAUGCUGAAGAGGAAGAUGGGAAAUCAACGACUCUGUUGAAGGAGAAGAAAAAAACUGAUGAUGUGGAUUUUACAGAAAAUACAGAAACUCUGUCAAAAAAGAAAAGUAAAAAGAAGAAAUCUUCAUAAGUGAAAGAUGAGGAUGACUGAGUGAACGAGUUGAUUUGCACGAGUGUAUGUGUGUGUUUGUAUGUCUGUGUUAUCAAAGACGGAUGCCGCUAGUUGGUAGCAUCUGUAGCGGACCAUUUUAAAUUAUGUUAUUUUUUAAUGUGUAUUUCCAAUACUUUGGUUAUUGGAUAACAAAAAAAGAGAAGAAAAAAAAUAAAGGUUUAAAUUUUA